AUGUCAACAACGGCUACGUUUCUUCACUUGACCGCGGUGGUGGUGCUAAUGUGCGCCGCCACCUUAUCCUUAACGUGCGCCGAUAAUGCAACCGAGAUUCAAGCGUUGCUCAUUUUCAAGCAGAAUCUGGAUGAUCCGCUCGGAGCAAUGGACGGUUGGGAUCCAUCCACGCCCUCAGCGCCCUGUGACUGGCCCGGCAUUGCCUGUUUUGAAGGCCAUGUUCGUGAACUCCGCCUGCCCCGGUUCCAGCUCAGCGGCCGGCUGACAGACCAGCUUCGUAACUUGCGCCAGCUGCGCAGGUUAAGCCUCCAUUCCAACAACCUCAACGGUUCCAUCCCACCGGCCCUCUCCCAGUGCGCCUUCCUACGCGCCGUCUACCUCCAGUACAACUCUCUCUCCGGCGCCCUCCCUCCCGCCUUGUCCAAAUUAACAAACCUUCAAGUCCUCAAUGUCGCCCACAAUUUCAUCUCCGGACAGGUCUCCGGCGACGUCCCGCCUGGCCUCCGGGUCCUCGACCUCUCCUCAAACUCCUUCUCCGGCAACAUCCCGGCAAACUUCUCGGCCUUCACUCAACUCCAACUCAUAAACUUGUCAUACAACCAAUUCUCCGGCGAGAUUCCUGCGACGUUGGGCGACCUGUCCAACCUCCAAUACCUCUGGCUAGACUCAAACCGCCUUUACGGCACAAUCCCAUCUGCUAUCUCCAACUGCUCUAGCCUUAUCCACCUCAGCGCCGGAGAUAAUAACCUACAGGGACUCGUUCCGGCGACGAUUGGUAUAUUGCCAAGCUUACAAGUAAUUUCUCUGCAGCAUAAUCAGCUUUCUGGGGUGGUCCCAACUUCCAUAAUUUGCAGCAUUUCAAAUGUCAGUGCUCAUUUAGUUAGGAUCAUUGACCUGAGUUUUAAUGGGUUCACGGGGAUUCAGGGCAUAGCUGAUAAUGCAAUAUGUUCAAGUAUUAUGGAAGUUUUAGACCUUCACGGGAAUCAGAUAAAAUAUGUGUUUCCAGGGUGGUUAAUUAAUGUUUCAACCUUGAAGAUUUUGGAUAUUUCCGGGAAUUCAAUUUCAGGGGUUAUACCAAAUACAAUUGGAAAUUUGAUAAGUCUCGAGGAGCUUAGGCUGGCGAAUAAUUCCUUGACUGGUGGGAUUCCGGAUGGUAUUCGACAAUGUGGGUCAUUAAGAGUGUUGGACUUGGGAGGCAACCGGUUGUCGGGCUUGAUUCCGGAUUUUCUGGGGGAAAUGAGGAGCCUGGAGAUGCUAUCCCUGGGAGAAAAUUAUUUUAGCGGGUCAAUUCCCGGGAGUUUAGGUGGUCUUAACCGGCUUGAGUCUCUGGAUUUGAGUAAUAAUAAUCUUAAUGGGACUUUGCCCCAAGAGCUGAUAGCGCUUAGCAAUUUGAGUAGUUUGAACUUGAGUAGAAAUGAUUUUUCGGGUGGAUUUCCAGGGAAUAUUGGGGAUAUGAAGGGGUUGAUGGUGUUAAAUGUUAGUGGCUGUAGAUUUUUGGGGCCCAUUCCUGAAAGUGUAGGAAAUUUGUUGAGGCUGAGAAUUUUGGAUUUGAGUAAGCAAAAAUUUUCAGGGGAACUGCCUCUUGGGAUUUUUGGGUUGCCAAGUUUGCAAGUUGUUGCUGUAGAAGAGAACUUGUUAUCAGGAGAUGUUCCUGAAGGUUUUAGUAGCUUAACAAGCUUACAGUAUCUGAACCUCUCGUCUAAUGCAUUCUCUGGUGAGAUUCCCGAUACAUAUGGGUUCCUCACAUCCUUGACUGUAUUAUCUCUUGCUGAAAAUCAUGUUAGCGGUUCAAUUCCUGCUGAGUUGAGCAAUUGUUCAAAUCUUGAAGUCUUAGAGCUGCGUGGGAAUCGCUUAACGGGUCGAAUUCUAAAUGAUUUCUCGCAGUUAUCUCACUUGGAGAAGCUUGAUUUGGGUCAGAAUAGUCUAAAUGGUGCAAUUCCACCGAGCAUUUCUAACUGUUUCUCAUUGAGGAUGCUACUAUUAGAUUCUAAUCACGUUUCUGGAAGAAUACCACAGUCACUGUCAAAUUUAUCCAAUUUAACAGCGUUGGAUCUCUCUUCCAAUGAUUUAAGUGGAGGCAUACCCGAAAGUCUUUCUUCCAUUUCUGGUUUGAAGCAUUUGAAUCUUUCCCAUAACAAUCUUCAGGGUGAAAUCCCUGCAUCUCUGGCUUCACGUUUUAAUGAUUCUUCUAUUUUUGCAAUGAAUGACAAUUUAUGUGGAAUGCCACUGAAUGAGUGUAGGAAACCAAAAAGGCGGAGAGUGAAAAGGAUCAUUCUGUUGAUAUUUGUGGCUGCCGCAGCAGGUUUGAUUUUGUUUUGCUGCUGUGGCGCGUACCUAUACGGUCUUAUAUGGUGGCGUAAGAAGCUGAGAGCUAAAGCAGCUGGAGAGAAGAAAAGAAGUCCGAGUCCGAGAGACGUAGGGGGUCGCGGAAGUGGAGAGAAUGGAGGGCCGAAGUUAGUAUUGUUCAACAACAAGAUCACAUAUGCAGAGACUUUGGAAGCAACAAGGCAGUUUGAUGAGGAGAAUGUGUUGAGCAGAGGAAAAUAUGGCCUGCUAUACAAGGCUACUUAUGCAGAUGGAAUGGUGCUUGCCAUCCGUCGCCUUCCUGAUACAUCCAUUGAUGUAAACGCAUUCCGCAAAGAAGCUGAGUCGCUUGGUAAGGUGAAACAUCGCAAUCUAACAGUUCUUCGAGGGUACUAUGCAGGACCUCCUUCGGACAUUCGCCUCCUCGUGUACGAUUACAUGCCCAAUGGCAACCUGGCCACCCUCCUCCAGGAGGCUUUGCACCAAGAUGGUCAUGUCCUCAAUUGGCCAAUGCGCCACCUGAUUGCACUCGGCAUUGCUCGCGGGCUGGCGUUCUUGCACUCAGCCUCGGUGGUGCAUGGAGAUAUAAAGCCACAAAAUAUCUUGUUUGACGCUGACUUUGAGGCGCAUCUCUCUGAUUUUGGCUUAGAUAAACUAACGAUAGCAACACCAGCCGAAGCAUCGACGUCUUCAACCCCCGUUGGAACUCUUGGCUACGUGGCGCCAGAAGUCACAUUGACUGGUCUGCCGACAAAGGAAGCUGAUGUAUAUAGUUACGGAAUAGGCUUACUAGAGAUACUAACAGGAAAAAAGCCAGUGAUGUUCAAUCACGAUGAGGACAUCGUCAAGUGGGUCAAGCGGCAACUACAAACUGGUCAAAUUUCAGAAUUGCUUGAACCGGGAUUGCUUGAGCUGGAUCCAGAAUCUGCAGAGUGGGAAGAGUUCUUGUUGGGAGUCAAAGUGGGUUUGCUAUGCACAAUGCCAGACCCUCUUGAAAGACCAUCUAUGACUGACGUUGUUUUCAUGCUAGAAGGCUGCCGGGUUGGCCCUGACAUGCCUUCCUCGGCUGAUCCCACGACCAUCCCUUCCCCCAUCUGAGUUUGUAGGGAGAAAAAAAAUAAAAAUAAUUAA